AUGUCAUUAAACAACAGCUUGAGCCAUGAAAACGACAAUUGGAAGAAGACCCUUGCACUUCCAGCCAAAGAUGUGAGACCACAGACAGAGGAUGUCACUGCAACGAAAGGAAAUGAAUUCGAAGACUACUUUCUUAAAAGAGAACUGCUGAUGGGCAUUUUUGAAGCAGGUUUCGAAAGACCCUCACCUAUUCAAGAAGAGGCUAUACCCAUUGCAUUGACGGGCCGUGAUAUACUUGCGAGAGCUAAAAACGGUACUGGAAAAACGGCUGCUUUUGUGAUCCCCACACUAGAGAAAAUCAACAACAAAAAGAACAAGAUUCAAGCCCUCUUGCUCGUCCCUACCCGUGAAUUGGCGCUACAGACAUCGCAGGUCUGUAAAAAUCUAGGCAAACAUCUUGGUCUUCAGAUCAUGGUGACAACAGGUGGUACGACUUUAAAGGAUGAUAUUAUGCGUUUAAGCGAGCCUGUGCAUGUUGUCGUUGGCACGCCUGGCCGUAUUCUUGAUCUUGCGUCCAAGGGCGUAGCUGAUUUCAGUGAAGCCUCCACGUUUGUCAUGGACGAAGCAGACAAACUCUUAUCACCCGAAUUCACACCCAUCAUCGAGCAACUCAUCCACCACUUUCCAAAAGAUAGACAAAUCAUGCUUUUCAGCGCUACGUUCCCCCUCAUUGUAAAGACAUUCAAAGAGAAAUUCUUGGUGAAGCCCUAUGAAAUCAACCUGAUGGACGAAUUAACGCUGCGUGGCGUCACUCAAUACUACGCCUACGUGGAAGAAAAGCAAAAGGUGCAUUGCUUGAACACGCUGUUUUCAAAGUUGCAAAUCAAUCAAUCCAUCAUCUUUUGUAAUUCAACAAACCGUGUAGAAUUGUUAGCCAAAAAAAUCACAGAGUUGGGCUACUCGUGCUUUUACUCACACGCUAGAAUGCUACAAAGUCAUCGUAAUCGUGUCUUCCAUGAUUUCCGAAACGGCGUCUGUCGCAACUUGGUGUGCUCUGAUUUACUGACGCGUGGUAUCGAUAUUCAGGCUGUCAACGUAGUCAUCAACUUUGAUUUCCCCAAGAAUGCAGAGACCUAUUUGCAUCGUAUCGGCCGCUCUGGAAGAUUUGGCCAUUUGGGCCUAGCCAUCAACUUGAUCACAUACGAAGAUCGAUUCAACUUGUACAAGAUUGAGCGAGAAUUGGGCACAGAAAUUCAACCUAUUCCACCCGUCAUUGAUAAGAGUCUGUAUGUGGCACCAAAUGCAUUAGAGGACGCUCAAGUGCAACAGCCAGACCGUCAACAAGCAUUGGCCACUCGCCAACAGCAACAGCAACAGAGCAACGAGGAGCAACAGCAGCCCCACUAUUACCAAAACAACAACAGUGGCAGAUCGAAUAAUUGGCGUGGCAGAGGUCGAGGUGGAGGAGGUGGUGGUGGAGGCGGAGGAAAUCAUCAAUACACUAAUCGACCAAAGCAAUAA